AUGUUAGAAGACGAGGAAACUGCUGAGUUAUUGAAGCGACGUGCUGCUCACGGUCUAGAUCGGCCACCAGGGUCCCGGUCCAUACUAACGCAAGCAACAACUUCUGAAAAAAUCCUAUGGUUUAUAAAAACACCCAUCAGAGCUGUUAUGUGCUUAUCACUAGUAACAGUAUUCUUUCUUACAUACUUUGGAUUUAUGAUCCCAGUGAUGGGAUUGCGCACUAUUUGGCCACGUCUCUACUGGUUUGUUGAAGGCAAGCUUUAUCGGUGGCUGCAAGGAUUUAUUGGGACUUGGGGAUACACUGCUGGAUACGACGUUUUUGAGUAUGGAGAUGAUGUCACUACAUACUACAGAGAUGAAAGAGUAUUGGUCAUGUGCAAUCAUCAGAGCACAGCUGAUGUUCCUACACUAAUGGCAUGUUUACAAAGCAAAGGUGUUGCUAGCCGAAAGACUUUGUGGCUGAUGGAUGUCAUGUUCCGAUGGAGCCCAUUUGGAAUUGUUGGUAAUAACCACGGUGACUAUUUCAUUCAGCAAGGAAAAGCUACUCGAGAAAAGGAAAUACAGAAGCUAAAACAACAUCUGAGAGAAGUAUUUUGGGAUCGUGAUCGACGUUGGGUCAUACUCUUCCCUGAGGGUGGCUUCUUCCACAAACGUGUGGAAAGCAGUCAGAAGUAUGGAAAGCUGAAUGGUUUUCCACACCUAAAGUACACAACACUUCCUCGUAUGGGUGCGGUGAAGGCGAUAUUGGAAGAGAUUGGACCUCGAGAUGAAGAAGAGGAAUCAAGAGAACGCAGUUCUAGCAAACUAAAGCUCAUCGCAGAUACUGUAGGAGCAAUCAGAGAAAAGAAAUAUGUAAAAGAAACUCGCCCGCCGAUAAAAUACGUUUUGGACGUUACGAUUGCUUAUCCCAAUGGAAUUCCUCUUAGUCUUGUUUCGCUUGGUUUCGGCACACGUGAAAAAUGCGACAUUGCCGUAAAUUACAAAAUCUACAAUGCAGACGAGGUUCCAUUUGACGAUGAGGAGAAAUUGCGUGACUGGAUGUAUGAGGUGUACAAGGAGAAGGACGAGAUGCUAGCUAGGUACUACGAAACUGGCGAGUUUCAUGAAGGAGAACGUGGAACUCGUGUUGUAUUUUCAUGGGCAAAAAUCAUUGGGCAGUACGUGUUCUGGUUUGGGUCCUUCUAUGCUCAAUAUCAGGUUUAUUCAUGGAUCCUUAAACAGAUAUUUCUGAUACUUGCUUCGCCUUUUAUUGAACUGAGUGUUCCCAACACUUGUCUAUAG